AUGACAAAGACAAUGGAAAAUAGUCUCAAAACAUCACCAAACGAAUCCGGGUUCCUAGACCCGAACGAUGUUGAAAUGUGCACACUUAGUCGUGCGGAGAAAAGAAGGCUGAGUACUUCUUCAGCAAAGCAGUCGAACACAGAGUCAAGUGACUCAACAGCAUCCGAGGCUCGCUCCAAAGAUACAAACUCUGCUAAGAAGAAGAAGAAAAAGCAAGAUCGAAAGCUGUUGAGGGAGAGUUCAAGCCCGAAGAAAGCUGAGAACACAAAACCUUCGGAGAAGAAGUCAGAAGACAUAUCAGUCGAUGACACUGCUUAUUCAGAAGCCGAGAAAAAGGCAGAAGAAGAAGCAAAAUUGAAGGAAGAGAAAAGAGAGCAGAACCUCAGACUGCGGGCGAAAGCAGCCAAGAGGUCUCUCUUAGAUCUAUUGAAAAAAUCUCCGGAGGUAUCGAAGGAACUGAGCAGUGAAAUAAUGGAAGAGGUGGAAACACUCGAUUAUCAAAGCCCCUGA